AUGUCAACUGCUUCGCGCUCCGCCUCACCAAUACACCUUGGUGGUGGACGACCGACCCAAACCAGGCAAGAGAUCGUGCCGGGGCCGGCAGCGACGGAAGACCCCACCUUGGUUAGAUUGCCGAGCGGCAGGACUUUCUGGCUCCAGAGGCGAUUGGUCGAUUCGAUUUUCGGCGCAGUCUUCCACGGUAUCGAGGGGUGGUGGCCCGACCCUUACGAUUCGGCGACUUUUGUUACACCCUUCAGAGAAGAGGAGCAGACCCACGUGGCGGUAAAGAUGUCAAGCCUGGAGAGAAUGGCAACAGUUUCGCAGGAGAACGCCUUCAAAGAAAUCGCCGUCAUGAAGCACUUGAUGCAAGGGGGUGGGCACCGGCACGUAAUGUCGGUGAUAUCAGCGUGCAUGUCGAGCACGCACUUGUUCGUGGUAACCCCCUUCUGCAAUGAGGGCGACUUGCUUUCAUGGGUAGAAGUGGACGGAAUAGGCGAGGACAAGGCAAGAAGGUGGUUCCGGCAAAUACUUCUGGGGUUGGCGCACAUACACCAGCAGGUGAGGACAACCACGAAGGACCACUUCCAGGGGAAGGUGUGAGCGCGAUGGCGGUGUUCAUUCCUGGACGUAGGCUUCGGUCCUUUUUGCGGUAUUUUUUCUUAUCACAUGCUUCCGUUUUCCGGUGGGUUACGACCUGCUGAGUUAACUCUGCUGUUGGUGGUAUUCCAUAUCAGGAGUAAGGGGACGCUGCUCCGCCUACCAACGAGUAGCAUACCAGUAUGUCUUUCUCUGAGGACGGUCGUCGUCGAUCUUGCAUCUCAGAAGCAGACCCCGAAAGAGAAGGCAGGCCUCAUCCAAUUCGAUCGCGGCGUGUGAAGUGCGCUCACCAAGCCGUUUUCAACACAAAAUAUGCUAGGCUUCUGGUAAGGCUUGUGAGAGGAGGUCGAUUUUUAUUUCGGACGGUGUCGUGCGGCUGAUGAGCUGCGCGUUGGACGUUGACCUGCUGGCGCGAUGCGCAUCAUGACAAGGCCCCCUCUUCCCGCAUAGGAGAUGCUGAUACCGUGUUCUCUUUCACAACCAACUUCCGUUUCAAUGCAGCGCGGAAUACACCCGGUUUAAGACUUUGAAUCGUUGGUGAAUAGUAUCCCGCUUGGAAAUAUCACGCCCGAUGCUGCGGCAGUUCUGCUGUAAGAAUCUACAGAAUCUUUAGUACUAACCUUCUGCAGUUGCCUUUGCUCGGCACUUGCUCUAUGUAGCAAGCUUACCUCUUUGCCUUUAUAUUUGUCUCUGCUUUUAUCGCUUCUCCUUCGAUGUUUCUCGUCCCCCAUCCUUCAUCCGUCAGGGCCUCUGCCACCACGACGUGAGCCCUGAGAACGUUGUGAUCACCAACAACGGGGAGGCGGCGGUGGUAAUGGACUUCGGCAUGGUGCAGCGACUGCAGACGGGUCCUAACGGACAGGUGGUUCCAAUGCGCGACCAGCAUGUGUUUGGGAAGAUGAGGCAAGAUACAUGGCACCGGAGAUCUGGGAGAACCGAGAGUACGACGGGCGGAGCGCAGAUAUUUGGUCCGUGGCGGUUUCGCUGCUGCUGUGCCUUGUCGGGGAGGAACAGUGGACGGCACCCACACGCGUACCGUUGGUGGAUCGAGGAAUCUAUACUUCAGACAUUUACGGCUACACGAUCUUGGAGGAGCACGGGGCAGGAAUGAUGCUGGAGAGGCGCAACUACGUGCGGAGAAUGUCUACGCCUGCGGCGGAUGUGUUGCGCAACACGCUGAUAGUUGACCCUGAUGCCCGUCCGACCUCGGCGACACUCCUCGCGCAGCUCCCCUUUUUCUCAGCGCAGACGUGAAUGAGCCCUUACUUCUACUACUGCGGCGAUUACGGGGGCUGCGUAGAGUCGAUAGCCGGUGUGGUUCUUGGAGAACGAGAGCACAAAAGAGGUUUAAUAUAGUGGUGUUUUUUUCUCGUUUCUUUUUUUUCGCUGUUUUGUUGCGUCUUUUACCAAGGUGUGGUCCGGUCCGCACACGAUGUGGAUAUUCGUUGCUCUUCGCUGUCUUUUAAGUCGUUACAUGCUUGGCGUCUCCUCGGAAUUUUUGUUGCGGUUAGGUGUCGCCUUGUCUCGACAUUUGGGAUGACAUGCAUGUGGAUUUGAGGGAACCCUGUCGGUUAUCGUUUCGCUUAAGACAUUUGCAGAGGCAUGCGUACUUGUGGCCAGGAUUCAUGGAAGCCUGCUGCUACUGCAGAUCACUGCUGAUACUGCUGUCGUCACUUCUUACGUGCGGCAAUGGUGUUUGGAAGAACGUGCAACCAUACCACAAGUGAUUGACGCACGUGCUUACAGGUUGAUGUGGUAAUUUUGAUUGGAAUAUGGGAUGGCAGGUAAUGCCGCUGCUGCUGGUUUGGUGUCGUUCGAUACUAGCUUUUUUCUUGGCAGAAGUUUAGGCGCCGGUUUGGUGCAUCAAGGGAGGCUUGAAACAGAAACGCUGUGCUGUUCAUUGUCGUAGUUCCCAGUGCGACCCCAUAAAUAUUAUCUCCGUUGUAGUUUUUGGUGCCUUUGCGGGUCGUGGUGGUGGUGUUGACCGUCCUGGUAUUUGCUUUUUUAUUUUUAUUUUUUCCCAACACGUGUGUCCGACCAAGAUUCCUCGACGAUGGACGCGAUCGAUCAGAUUGAGCGCUCUCCGGCGUAGGUAGGUGUCUUGUGUUGGUAUGAUUUAUUGCCGUGAAUGUUGCUAUUUCCCGUGUGUAGAGUACCACUUUUUGUACCAACAUCUGGGUCAUUAUAGCGGAGUCCUUGGUUGGCAACUUGUGCUUAUUGUCUCGGAACCGGUCCACAUUCUUGCUGGCUGCGAAGUCGAAAACCAGCGAGAAACGUGACCCUGGGCAGCAGAUGAGGUGUCAAAGUGGAUAUUUGAAUAUUUACCGCCUGCGCGUGAUCCGCCUUGCGAUGUUGUUUUCGUUGUUAAGGUGGGUCCUGCUUCAUCUCCUCUUGCCUGAGGGGGUUCGAUCUAAACAAAGAAUAAAGUCGGUUGGGAUGGGUGCCAAUUAAUGAGGUGGACCCGCGUGUGACACUGCCGCUCUUUCGGCACGCAGUGAUGAACAAUAGUGGCCAGGCAAUGUUUUUUUUUUUUUAUGGAUUGAACCACGGGUAAAGAUAAGCAAGGGGCUGGCGUUCUCUUUUGCUUAGUGCCUUCUCGGCAUACAUUCUUGGAUCGCGUAGUUUAAGGGUCAAUCCCAGCUGUUGACCCUCCUAGGCCUGGCUAGGCUUCUCCUUUCCCGCCUUGUAUGUGUAGUGUACAUAAUUUCACAUUGAUUCUAUACAGAGCAGCAUCUACGCGCUGAACACUGUUCAGAUAGGUAUUCGGGACAGCCCGCAGAGAUGUGGCCAGUCUCGCGACCAUGGCGUGUCGCUAAGCGGACGCCUACCUACCGCAGUAGGCGGGCUCUCUCUUGUUUGGGUGUUGACCGGGGUGGUAAUAAGACCGCUUCUAG